GGUUUAAUAAUUAGUUCACAAAACAUCGCCUAUGCAAUCAGCAAAUUCAUUGGUGGCGUACUAUCGGACAGACUGUCCUCUCGGCUACUGUUCACCACUGGUCUACUUCUGUCGGGUUUGGCGACAAUCCUAUUCGCAAACAGCGAUUCAAUAGUCGUAUUCACGGCCCUAUGGUUUGUGAAUGGGUUGGCACAGGGCUUCGGGUGGCCCGCCUGUGCCAAAGUCCUGCGCCAGUGGUUCGCGCCCUCGCAGUUCGGCACCUUUUGGUCACUACUGAGCGCCUCCUCUAACAUAUCCGGAGGUCUGUCACCAUUCAUCGCCGCAUUCAUUAUCAUUAACUACGGCUGGCGUACGAGUCUCGUGAUCGCCGGCACCGUCUCCAUAGCCAUGGCUGGCGUCGCCAUCAUUACGCUUGUCAACUGUCCACAAGAUGUCAAUCUAUCACCAGUUGUCUCACAAACUGAUAAUAAGAAAGACAAUAAAAAUAAAUCUAAAUCUGAGAGCAGUUGGACAGACCUACUGAGGAGUCCAUUCCUAUGGUUGGUCAGCAUAUCAUAUAUGAGUGUUUUCGCAUCGAAAACAAGUGCAGUAGACUGGGGACAGAUGUACCUCAUUGAGGACAGACACCACUCCCAACUAAUAGGUUCUUCAUUCACGAGUAGUGUGGAGUCGGGCGGCUUUUUCGGCAGUUCAUUAGCCGGUUAUCUCACGGAUCUGGUGCUGAGGCGACAACUGGGCACAAGUGGUGCCAAGAAGUCGCCGUUGACGCCAUCCAACGCCCGAAUGCCGGUCGCCAUCGCAAUGAUGACAGUCGUCGGCCUUUGUCUCCAUUGCUUUCACUUUCAUAUAACUGAGUCCUCGUCGCAACUCAUGAUCACAACCCUGGGAUUCAUAUUAGGCGCCUGUCUGUACGGCCCGAUCGCCAUAUUCGGUGUCGUGGCCACCGAGUCAGCGCCCGCUCACCUCAGCGGCACAUCCCAUGCCAUCGUAGCCCUGGCCGCCAAUUUCGGUGCCAUAAUAUCCGGACUUCCUUUCAGUCUGUUAGCCAAACACUACAACUGGUCCGCGAUAUUCCUGUUGUUAGAAAUCGUCACUUUCCUGACGGUAGUCAUCAUGAUUUUGGGCCGUAAUAUACCGGCGCGCAUAGGAAAGGCUGUCAAACAGUCUUGAAAUGAAGUACAAAUACAAAUGCAAUACAAAUCACUUUGAAAUGCUCAACAAAUUUUAGGACA